AUGCAUCCCCCCCCGUACCUGGCCGAAUCGGGUACACCCCCGUCCCCCAUCCGCCGCCCAACUCCACCACCAACUCCAACCCUCACAACCUCCAACCCCGAGCAUCGCGCCAACCCACACCCACCACACCACACAUACACCCCCCCACCGCCUCCCAGCGCGAACAAUCCCAUGCCGGAUUCGACAUCCCUCGCCACCCUCGCCAUCCUCAGUUCCGCCGCCGCGCUCCUCGUCGCCGUAAUGUUGUAUCCCGCCGCGCUGCUCCGCUGGUUCCAGCGCAAGCGGUACCAGUACGAAGUCACGUUUUCGCUGUACAUGUUGACGUCCACGGAGAAGUUCAUCUUCAACUCUGUACUCUUCCUCCUGCUCUCCCUUCUCAUCAUCGCCGCGAGCUUAUAUCUCCCGGAGCAUCUGAGCAUUAUUGCCAACCGGCUGGCCUAUUACUUCUCGGGCAACGAAGAUAGCCUCGCGUCAAGUAGUGCGCAGAAGAUGGAUGCCCGGGCGCUAAAUCAGCCUGGUUUCGUGGCCGGAGACGCGGCUGGGUUGGCGGGGCAGGGCAGGGGAUUUAUGGAGCCGUAG